GCCCCCUUAGACACAUUACGUUUGUCCCUUUUGCCGAGGAGUAACCAUCGCCGCCGCUCUCCUCUCUCCUCUCUGGUUUGCUAUCUGAGCGAGUUCGGCCGGCUCCGCCACGUGUGAAUUACACCCCCUCCGUUUGCCCGCCGACUUCAUCACUUUGAUGACAUCCCGUCGCAUGGACUCCUCUUUAUCUCGCGAGGCGGUUCCUCUGUUUCCGCAAUCUCGCGCCUUUGUGUAGAUAACUCGUCUCACCAAACGUUCGAUUGCACUCCCACGCCCUCGCCUCCCUCGGCGGGAGACUGGACGCUGGCGGGUUUUCCCGGUACAUGGCUCGAAUUUUGAUUUUCGCACACGCGUGUCAACUCUUUGUAACAUCUGGCCGCCAGAUCGAAAAUCGGAAUUACCGCUAGUUUUUCUUCAUCAUUGGUGGGGUUGCUGGCAGCCGCCUUGCGUCCGUUGUACAGUGUUUCCCCUUCUUCCUACUGCCUCUCUACUACUAGGCGGUUGUGAAGUGGAGCAAUUUCUUCCCGUUCCUCGUCUCCUCUCUCUGCCUCCGUCGUUCUCUCUCUCUCUGUCUCUGUCUCUGUCUCUGUCUCUCUCUCUCUCUCUCUCUCUCUCUCUCUCUCUCUGUGUCGUUUGCUUGCCCGCUUGCUCGCUCGCUCGCUCUGCCUCCGUCGUUCGGUCACUCGCCGCCUCUCUCUCUCUCUCUCUCUCUCUCUCUCUCGCUUGCUCUAGUAGGUAGAUCAGCAGCAGUUUUGAUAGGUAGAGAGAAUUGAUCGAGGGUUGCGGUGUAUAUAAAUUGCCGCUUGAUAUCCGUUCGGAAGCUGUCGGCGGUAUUGGCGUGUUGGGAUCGCCAGGUUCGUCGAGCUGCAUUUGCUUCUGUUUGUGUCUGCUUUGUACGAGUGUUUUUUUUUUUAAAAGGGGGGGGGUUUGGGAGGAGGGAGGGAGGCCCGCGGGGUCGACUAGGGAGCAAGCGAAGAAGAGAGAAGGAGAGAGAGAAUGGGAGACGGAGAGCAUCUGGGUCACAAUGAGGGCGAUGACGCUGCUAAGCAGGAGCUAGUCGUUCAACCGGAGGAGAACAAGAAGGAGACGGGAGGUGGGGGGGGGGAAGAUUCGAAAGACACAUCUGGAUUGCUCGACGGGGAUGAGAAGCCUCAGGUGAUCACGCCACUCAACAAGUACACCGUUUGGCCUUACACCUGGUGGGUCAUCGCGGCAAUCUGGGUGCUGUUCUUCAUCAUUGCCCUGGGGGUGAACAACUGUCCUCGGCAGACGGACAGGCUCAAGGAAUGCGAGCUGAGAUGGCUUGGCGUGUUCUCGUUCAAUCCGAUUCGGCAGAACCCGCUCUGCGGCCCGGGACCUCGCGCUCUUGUCUCUCUCGGUGCGUUGGAUCCCCGUCGGACGUCCAGGAGACACCAGGAAUGGCGUGUGCUGACGUGUCUUCUUCUCCAUGCCGGGCUCAUCCACUUGCUAGUGAACGUCCCGACGACGAUGUUCGUGGGCGCGCGGUUGGAGCGAGAGUACGGCACGCUCAGAAUGCUGCUCGUUUUCUUCGUCUCGGCGAUCGGCGGCGCGCUGUGGUCGGCGCUGUUACUAGUCCCAAACAACAUAUCCGUGGGCGCCUCAUUUCCGCUCUUCGGGCUGAUUGGUUGCACUGUGGCGGACAUGUCCAUCAACGGCGGGCUGUACGUAAAUAAGGCGGUGGCAAGCGCAGUGUUGUUUUUUGUAACGUUCAUUCACAUCGUGUUUGGGUUGAUGCCGUUCGUCGACAACUGGGGGCAAAUCGGAGCGUUCCUGACGGGAUUCAUCCUGGCGCUGUUGGUGCUCAUCAAGCCGCGAUGCAAGUACGAGAAAGACGAGCCGCCUGAGGUGAAAUGCGGAAUCGACUUGAGGACGAAGAUGAAGUUGCAGCCAUGGGAGGAGGUGGUGCGAGUGUCGGCUCUUCUCGCGCUCGGCGCCGGGUUCAUCUUCAUGAUCGUCGCGCUCUUCUCCGGCGCGGACUGGAAGAAGGACUGCGAGUGGUGCCGUCGGCUCAAUUGCGCGGAUGCCCCUGGGUGGGACUGCCCUCGCUACCAGCGCCUCCAGCCGGAGAACACGUAUAAGAAGCUGACGUGUUUCGUGCGCGAGGUUGAAUCCACGGGCAAGGGGACUCUCGUUUGCCCCGACGGCCGUAUGGUCGACAUCGGAACGGUGAAGGAACGGAGCCGGCAAACUCUUCAGCUCGUCUGUUCCAGAGCUUGUAGAGCUUGGUAACCCUUUCGGUUUCGCGGAGGACAUCUCUGCAACAUACGUGUUCGCGGAGGGCAUCUCUGCAACAUACGUCUUCGCGGGUCUCUUCUCUUGCUGCGGUUUAUGCCAGAGUGUAGUGCAGCACCGGGCAGCGCGCGGCGGCACGGGAACCCUCUGGUGGCUCCCGGCUUUUGGAGAG